AUGACGAGUGGCAAUGAAACUGAUAAACAAUCUAGUUCAGGUGUACAUGCAGUUAUUAAUGUAUUGGGUAGACAAGUAUUGAAUCACUUAUCAAAAGUUAAUUGGCAAUUUGAAUCUGACCCUACCAGUGAACAUGAACCUGUACUACCUAGAAAAUUCCACCUGAUGCUUGAUAAAGACUACUUUCCAAAAUCUGAAGUAUGCGAAAUACACGAGCUGCAACGAAUCUGGUCAGUCGUCGCCGGAUGUGCUGCUUCUUAUGCCUAUAAAACCAUCGGUGCAGGAUAUUCAAAAGCAAUGAAAGUAUGGCUAGCUAAUGCAGCCAGUACAGCAAUUAUCUUCAGUCUUAUUGGUGAAAUACCACGGUCAGAGGAGAAACGCAGUGAAACAGUUGAAUCUGUCGCUCUCCCGGAUUCUAUUUCAAUUGAUGAAGCUGAUGGUAAUUGGUUCUACGGGACAUGGACAAAACAAAAUUUAGCUAGUGAAUCAGAAAUGCAGACCGUGAUCCAACCAAAAAUGACUGACGCAUGUUUACAAGUUAUGAUAGCCAGUGUUGUCAAUUUUUAUCAAAAUAAUCGUUAUACUCCUCCAUCGAAGAUGAGUACUGACAAUAACAAAAACAGCAGUUAUGCUGCACGAAUACUAAAGAAUGCAUCGUGGAGUCAGUAUGGCAUUGCUGAUAAGUCGGACAGGAUUAAGAUUAUGAAGAUCACUGGUCAAUGGAUAUCAAGAAUUCAUGUGUUUAAUGUAUUCACCUGUUUGAAAACACUUAAACAUCCACUGAAAUAUGUCAGAGUGAUUGGUAUGGGAACAUUGCCGUUUUCUCAAGAGGUAAAAGAUCAAUUGAGCCAUUUACCAAGUGGUUGGAAAAGAACAGAGAUUGCAGAAGCAAUAGCAAGAAAGCUAGUCAAUUCUAACUUGUUUCAUCUGUUUCGUGAUGUUAAAGGGUUGAUCAGCCUAAGAAGUCGAAUAGAUGAAAUCCUUCAAGAUCCUUUUUAUUAUCAUCCUGACAGUGACUAUUUGAUUAAGGAUCCUUUGAAACCAAACAGCAUCGAUGAUGCUAACAACUUGUUAGGACGCUUAAUCACCUACUUGAAGUAUUCAGAACCUGAUAGUGAGUUGUUUAACAGUGCUUACUUGAAAGUGGGCGGCAGAACACGAGAAAAAGACUAUAAUGAUUAUAGUGAGAAUUGGGAGAUACUAUUGAAAAAGAUUUAUACAAGUGAUGCAUCGACUAGACAGGAGAUAAUUGACAGUGAAGUGAGCAAGCUGAAAGGUACUACGAAUCAUUUUCGAAAUCAACAGGAAUUGUUAAAUAAAUGCUUUAAGCUGUACAAUGUUCAAUCCAGUUAUUAA